GCAAGGAAAAAGAAAAAGGCAAUUCCUAGCCACGGAUGGAAUGGAAGCGCUAGGCGCACUGACGUCGGGACACACCAUACAGCAUACAGGGAGGGAGAAGAGAUCGGCAUGGCAUGCCAUGCCAUGCACGCCACGCUCGUCUCGUCUCGUCUCGUCCCGUCCUCGCCAGAGUUGCUGUCACGCCGGAACCGGUAGCAGUUGGUGUGCACAGCAUCUCCUUUCCCCCUUGCUUGUCCCUACGCACCCCAGUAGCUAGCUAGCUAGCCCGUCCGGGAGGUGCACCUAACGAUUUCGUGAUGAGGAACGGGAACCCCAUCGGUCUGCUUUGCGUCGUUUAAGCGCAUAUAGAGAUAGAGUGCAGAUAGUUUACUUGCCUUUGAAAAACUCGAGUAAAUCUAUCCAUCCAUCCAUCUAUCUAUCUAUCUGCGGGUUGCAGCACACACACACCCAGACCCAGGUUGGGAACGCAGACUCGCAAUAGCUAGCAACUAUUCUCCUCUUCUUCUGUAUAUAAACGGCGAGCGAGGGCCCUCCGUCUUCCCUGAUCCCAAAUGUGCCCGGCCCGGUCCCUCUCCACUGCACUGCGCUGCGCCCAUCCAUCCUUAAACCCUCCUGCGCGCGUAGGCCUCGUCUUGUCCUUCCCCAGCACAACCUCUCCUCCUCCUUCGCCAGGUGCCUCUUCGUUCUCCUCUCCGGGCUAUCAGGACGAAAUAACUGGCCGCGCUGCACGCCGGCCGCCUCGAGAAGAAGCGCUCGCCCCGCGCGCGCGGCUCCGGGCUACCAGGACGAAAUAACUGGCCGCGCUGCACGCCGGCCGCCGCGAGAAGAAGCGCUCGCCCCGCGCGCUCUGCCGCUGGUUCGGCCGUGCCAUCCCGACGAGGUUCCCCCAGCUGUGCCCGCUCGAUCUCCUUCCGCGCGCACGCGCACGCAGUGGUCCGUCGCCGCUGAUUGAUCCUGCAGGAAAAACAGGGCAAGGAGCUACUUUGAGCCCGAGACUGAACUGAAGAAGAUGAUGAUGGCCGAGGUGGCCAACCACAGCAAGAGGAACCACACGGACAGCUACUUCAGUGGCAAGGCCGUCGCCGUCCCCGCCGCCGCGGCCACCAGCUCGGAGGAGUUCGGCAGCAUGUCGUCGAAGAAGCCGAGGAAUGCCAGCCCCAGACUCGCGCCCGUAUCACCAAAGGAGAAGAAGGACAAGAUCGGCGAGAGGGUCGCAGCGCUCCAGCAGCUCGUGUCACCGUUCGGAAAGACCGACACGGCUUCUGUCCUGCAGGAGGCGUCGGGGUACAUCAAGUUCCUGCACCAGCAGCUGGAGGUCCUGAGCUCCCCUUACAUGCGCGCUCCUCCGGCCGCUGGCGCUGCGCCUGAGGUGAGCUUCCGCCGUCCCUCGUCUUCGUCUCCACUGAUGAGUUCUUGACGCAAGCCUGACCCCCAGCGCUACAGCCUCCGGAGCCGCGGGCUGUGCCUGGUGCCGGUGGACCUGACGCUGCAGCUGACCCAGAGCAACGGGGCCGACCUGUGGGCGCCGGCGCACACGGCCAGGCGAAGGUGAGGACUGAGGAGGAGCCGGUCUGUCUGUCCGGAGGGAACCGCGCAAGUGCUGCCGCGUCUGCGUGCGCGCCGUGGAGUUGAGUUUCCAGGCGCCUGACUGACCCGAUUCGACCUCCUAGCAAGAAACUAAAGCAAGCGUGCGUGUCCGUAUCAGCCGCCUUGUAUUAUACUCCUAGUAGUACUCUCGUGACCUGCCUGGUCAGGUCUCUCUCUCCUAGCUUGUUGUCCGCCGUUUAUGUGUUGAGCGGCAUGUGGAUUAGAAGCCUGUGUGGCUGGCUGUCAGCAAGCAGAGCGGCAGUUUGAUGCCUGUUCCUUGAGAUGGAUAGUGUUAUCGAGUUCAGAAGAAUACCAUGCGCGUGUGCCUGAUGUA